GUCCGGCUCUGGCGGCGGCGGUCGGUGCUGCGAGAGCGGCGGCGGCGGCGCGGGUCGGCGGCGGGAGGGCGCGCGGCCGAGCGGAGGCAGAGUCGGCGCCGAGACCAUGGCUGGAGGCAAAGCUGGAAAGGACAGUGGGAAGGCCAAGGCUAAGGCAGUAUCUCGCUCACAGAGAGCUGGGCUACAGUUUCCUGUGGGCCGCAUCCACAGACACUUGAAGACUCGCACCACAAGCCAUGGAAGGGUGGGAGCCACUGCUGCCGUGUACAGUGCUGCGAUUCUGGAGUACCUCACUGCUGAGGUACUGGAGCUGGCAGGUAAUGCUUCUAAGGAUCUCAAAGUAAAGCGUAUCACUCCACGUCACUUGCAGCUUGCAAUCCGUGGUGAUGAAGAGUUGGAUUCUCUUAUCAAGGCUACCAUAGCUGGGGGUGGGACACAGAUGCUAGAGAUUGAUGAACACAAAAACUGGAAUCAUGGUUCCCUCUGAAGAGGAAUGAGAGCAUGCAACUGAAGAGGACUCGCAAAGGGCAUACUAGUAGAUAUGCUGGGCUUCUUUUUAUUUCUGGUCUUCAGACUACACAGAUUUUAUAGACUUGUGGUAGGCAACUUUUAAAGAUGGUCCCUUGUCCCCACCUCUAGUUAUACUAUACGUGCCCUUGUGUAACCCCUCCCAACCCCCCACCCCAGCUUAAGUGAGGGCUAAACCUACUGACUUGCUUCUAACAGAAUACAGCAAAAAUGGUGGUUUGUAGCCAAGCAUGGUGGUGCGCCCUGUAGUCGUAGCUACUUAGGAGGUUGAGGUGAAAGGAUCGAUUGCGCCCAGGAAGUUGAGGCUGCAAUGAGCUACGAUCAUGCCACUGCACUCCAGCCUGAGUGACAGCGAGACCCUGUCUCAAAAAAAAGUGAUGGGUUGUUAUUUAUUUGACAAGGUUAUAAGACUGCGACUGCCAUGUUGCUGACUCUACUGCCUUCCUGUGUGCAUAUUUCCACAAAGGAAGCUGCCACGUUGAAAGGGCCUUUGUGACAAGGAUCUGAGGGUGGCCUCCAAUCAGUGGGUCACAAGGAAAAGAAUCGGGCCAACAGCCAUGAGACAGCUAGGAAGCAUAUCCUUUCCCACCUGAGUCUUGAGACAACUAUGGAAACCUUGACUGAAGCCCAUGGGAGACCUUGAAGCAGAGGACUCAGUUGAGCCAUGCCUGAAUUCACAAUCCACAGACAUUAAGUUGGUUAGUCACUACAUUUGGGGGUAAUUUGUCACACAGAAAGAGAGCCAAUACAACAUACUCUGUACAUAAAAUUCACAAUAAAAAAUUUUAAGUUUGUAA